UACCAACAAUACAGGUGUAAAGCAAUCUUUUCUCCCGUUAAGACGAGUGUGUGUAUGCAGCGGGGUGGAAUGAAAAACAUUAAUCAUCGGUCAAUUUUAAUUUUCAAUAUAAAUCAUUGUUCCGUUAAUGAAAUGUUUUCAAUUUUCUAAUCUGUUGCAUUUGAAAAUCGAGGAAUGGUUGCAAAUAUUGAUAUUUGGUUAAGUUACUCACACGAGAAAAGGUAAAUACUUGUUUAUUUGCUAAGCAGUAGAUACGAAAUGGAAGGGGUAUUUUGACAGAUAAAACAUACUACAAUACGGCACUUUAACUUGUCGGUAUUUAGUUUACUAUUCAUAUAUCACUUUUAAAUAUCAGUUUCAAGCCGUUGCUAAUGAGAAACAAUGGGCAUUCCAACGCUCUUCCAUGGGGACUUUAAAACAAUGGAUGCAUUUCAUUAACGGCGUGAUCUAAAACAAUGAGAUUACAUGCUCAAAGGAACCUGUGGUAUAACAAGGACUUUCGUGUCGUGUGUCUAAUUUAGCGACUGUCUCCAGGUAAAGAGAAUCUGAACAUGGCCUCCCACAAUCUGGAGCAUUUCCUGAAGUGCUCAGAUUGCAAGAAGUACUUUGACGACGAUUUACAUGCGCCCCAUAUUCUGCAAUGUCUGCACACUUGCUGCACUAAAUGCUUGAAGUCCCGAAUCAUUAAGGAAGAAGUGCAAUGUCCAGACUGUGGGGAGAAGUUUGAGGCCUUGCGCAACGACAUAAGCGGAUUUCCAAUAGACAGUGCACGAAAACACAUCGUCGACUGUUAUAGAAUUCAGAAGAAAAAUGCGGAAUUUUACUGUGACGAGUGUGGAACUUCUUCCAAUAAGGAACGCGCUACAAUGCGCUGUAAAGAAUGCGACGAAUUCUUGUGUGCAAGAUGUACCGACGCUCAUCAAAGAACUAAACUGACAAAACGGCAUCAGUUGAUGUCAUUAGAAAAACUAAAAAACUCUCCAUUGGAAGAAUUUCACAAUAAACAAACAUGCACAGUGCCCGGACAUGAGGGUCAACCCUUCUCCUUCUACUGUACGAAUAAGUCCUGUGCAAAGCCUGUUUGUAGUCUCUGUGUUGUUCGAGACCAUCAGCAGAAUGGGCAUGAUGUCAGGAAUAUAAACGAUAUAUACGUAGAAAAUAAGCGUCUUGUGGAGGGGCAGUUGUUAGAUGUCAAGCACAUGAAAACGUCUGUGGAUGAAGCGAUUGGACAUAUUGAAGACGAAAUUCAAAACCUCUACCUGAAAGAAAACGCUGUUGACGAAGAGUUGGACGCACAUUUUUCUGCAUGCCUGAAAACGCUGGAGAAAAGGAAAGAGGAACUAAAAGAAAAACUAGCGAUGGUGUCACAGGACAAAAAGAAAGACCUUGAUGGCCAACUUGAUCGAUUAACUGAACAGAAAGGGCAACUAGAUCAAGCUUGUAAAUUCACAGAAGACCACCUGCAGUACAGUAAUUCUGCAGAAUUUUUGCAAAUGAAAGACCAGAUUCUCAAUCGGAUGUAUACGCUGAGGGACCAAUCCGUUGAUAUUGUCCCACACGCAACAGCAAACAUUAAAUUUCAAACCAUCAAUAUGGACGACGAUUUCGUGGAUUUUUGUCAAAAUAUGGGUGACGUAUGGGCAACGUCAGCGUACCUCCCAAAUACUCGUGUCCAGGUCUUGGAUAUCGCCGUGGGAAGAGAACAGUCUCCCUUGUUGAUAACCUUAAACGACUUUCAAAACCGUCCACUUCACGAAGCUGGUCUGGACAUUAAGGUCGAAAUAAUCAGCAGCAAGAAUCAUCGGACUCCAGCACUGAUCCACGACAAAACGAAAUCCCAUGGUUGUUACAAAGUCGUGUUUACAGCUCCGAGACCUGGUGAAUAUAUAGCUGUUGUCAAAAUCUUGGGGAUGCUGUUGAAGCCGGAGGGAUAUGUUUUCGUAGCCAAACACCCGGAACAAAUGGCUUCUGAAGGCAGCUUAGCCGAUCUUACCCCAAAGGAGAGACAGGCUGUUGAAGAACCAGAUAUACUGACUGUACAAGAGACUAGCGGCACAACUGAAAUUGAAAAGCUGAAUCUUCAAGGUCUGACGACAACAGCCAGGGCCAAACCAGUGACCCCCAAAAAAUACAAAGCCGUUGGAGAAAUUAUAUGUCCAGAUAUGAACCUAGAUCAUUUGGCAAUCCAUCCACAAAACGAACUGUUGGAGAACUUGAAAACCAUCACUAAUCAGAAGAGCCGUCAUCGUCUACCUCGAAAUCUGUCCAAAGCAUUCCAGAAUUUCCGCGGAACCAUCGCAAAUCGUUCCAUGGGAAGAACAGGACAGUAUUACUUUGAAGUCAAUGUCAGCUUCUUCAUAACACGUUCCCUGAGACAGGACCUUAUCUUUCAGAUAGGUCUUUGUCGCAAACCUGAUGUUGACAAACAUUAUACCAUUGACAAUCAUCAGUUCUCCUAUGUCGUCUGCGCUAGAAAAUGUCAUAUAUGUGGCACCAUAUGUCUGCAAGGGUGGAGUAGUGGUCAGCGGUUUUACCACACCCCAAUCACUGAAAACUCGCCUCCGGGAACGGCAUUCAAGACUACGUAUGGAUUCCUUCUCGACACGCGUCACAGAGAAUGGGUUGUUGUGGAUGCCAAAAACAGGAAAUUUAUUCUCAGAUUUAAAAACAUUGACAUGACCAAACCACUGUGGCCAGCAUUUGGAUUAUAUAACCCUGAUUUGGUUAAUUCGUCUCUAACCCUUCGGUCCGGAAAGGACAUUUCCACAAUUUUAGAGGUACCCUUUGACUAUUAGUAUCACUUCGCUUGAUGAUACGCGAGGAACCAUUUUUGGUACCAUUGUCAGGAGUGAUCAUGCCACCGUUUUUCCGUUGGAGUGUCAAAGAGGCGUGAUAUAUUAAACGUUAAUUUGUGAAAUAUUGACCAUUGUGUCCAUCAUUACUUGGUUUUUCAUAAUCAUAUUGCUCUGUCUACAGUCUGUGAAUGAACUCAUUAUUGACCUAUUUGCACUAAUUAACAAGUGUGAGUUAAGAAAUCGAAAAGAUGAACGAUUCACAGAAGAAAUCGAUAGGUAGAUGUUUUAUUCCAACAGCAAGAGAAAUUAAUGUAUCGAUGUAGAUGGAGCAAGGUACAUGCAUAUGUUUAUUUCUUUAAAUGGCUUGCUCAUGAUCUUGUAAGCUUGAAUGUCGUUUUGCAUUUUAUAGCUCAGUACGUUACUGUUGAUGUCCACUUUAUGACAUGAACAACAAUAUAUCUCCUCUUUAUGUAGGAGAGUUGCUGAGGUGAAAAUAUGUUGCCAUGUAUGUAUGUAUAAAAAAUAAAUUAACCCUAAAUAAACA